UAUUCAAAAUCUAGAAACCAAUUUUUUUAACAUGCAACAAGAAUGUUUAUCAUCCAAAUAAUAACAUUAUCAUCGUUACGCCAACAUAUACAUGUUCUGAAUUUCCAUAGUAUGAGAUUACGGUCUGACUAUAUUUAUUGCAAUUAGGACAAAUAUAUGUUCCAGAUCAAAUCAAACGUUAUUUGAAUUUCUGCUUGUCAUUUUGACAACACAAGACAAUUUAUAAAUCAUUGCUUGACCCUAAAAGAAACCUAUAUUUGGAAGCAAAAACAUGUACCUGAUCAAGAGACCUCUAUAUAUAGAGUAAAAUCUUCACAUUCAAGCAUCAAACACUCAAAAAAGAAGAAGAAAUAGUAGAAACAGAGAAGUUCAUGGAUAGAAUGAAGAGGUUUUGCUCAAACGCAUCCUUCAUUUUAUUAGCUACUCUCAUCUUAACAAGUUGUAUUGAGUCNGAGGCUCAAAAGUGUCGGCCAAGUGGGAGAAUCAGAGGAAAGAAAGCACCUCCAGGACAAUGCAACCAAGAGAAUGAUUCAGACUGCUGCAUAGAAGGCAAACUUUACACCACAUAUGAAUGUUCACCACCUAUGUCCAGCCACACCAAGGCCUACCUCACUCUCAACAGUUUUCAGAAGGGUGGAGAUGGUGGUGGCCCUUCAGAAUGUGACAACCAAUACCAUUCUGAUGACACACCUGUGGUCGCACUGUCUACAGGCUGGUUCAACCACAGAAGCAGGUGCCUCCACAACAUCACCAUCACUGCGAAUGGAAGAAGUGUCGUGGCCAUGGUGGUUGAUGAGUGUGACUCGACUGAGGGAUGUGAUGCAGACCAUGACUAUCAACCUCCAUGUCCCAACAACAUUGUUGAUGCUUCUAAGGCUGUCUGGAAAGCAUUGGGAGUGCCCCAAAAUGAAUGGGGUGGCCUUGACAUUACAUGGUCUGAUGCUUGAUAUUAUAAGUGUAAUGUUUAAGGAAAUGUUUCUGUAUUGGAUAAGAUCUUUAGUUUUCAUUGUGUGUGUAUCAUGUAUCAUGUACAUGCUGUGAGAUGUGAGUGUGAGGUUAUCAUUGUAUUGUAUUGUAUUAUAUUGAAGGUGCUGUGUCAGUUCUCUAUGGCAAAAAGAACUGAGGACGUAUACGAGGAUUAAUCUUAAAUUUAUUGACUAUGAGACACUUACCAUUAUCAUAAUUGCUUUUUAAUAUACU